GCCUCCCGCGGCACCCGGCGAACGAAGGGGCUCGGUGGCUGGAGGGGGGGCAGACUUAGUCCCAGCAUCAUUGGCUCUUUCAUCAUGUCUGAACCCAUCACGCUCAAUGUUGGAGGAAAGCUCUAUACCACCUCUCUGUCCACCCUGACUAGCUUUCCAGACUCCAUGCUGGGGGCCAUGUUUAGUGGGAAGAUCCCAACCAAGAAGGACAGCCAAGGCAACUGCUUUAUUGACAGGGAUGGUAAAAUCUUCCGCUACAUCCUGAACUUCUUACGGACUUCUCACUUGGACCUCCCUGAAGACUUCCAGGAAAUGGGCUUGCUCCGACGGGAGGUGGAUUUCUAUCAGAUCCAGCCACUGAUUGAGGCCUUGCAGGAGAAAGAGGUGGAGCUUUCUAAGGCAGAGAAGAACGCCAUGCUCAACAUCACCCUCGAUCAAAAGACCCAAACUGUUCACUUCACUGUCCGAGAAGCACCCCAGAUCUACAGCCUGUCUUCCUCCAACAUGGAAGUGUUCAGUGCUCACAUCUUCUCCACGUCCUGUCUCUUCCUGAAGCUUCUGGGGUCCAAACUCUAUUAUUGCUUCAAUGGAAACCUCUCUUCAAUAUCCAGCUACUUGAAAGACCCCAACCAUUUGACCUUGGAUUGGGUUGCGAGUGUGGAAGGUCUUCCUGAAGAGGAGUACACCAGGCAGAACUUGAAGAGACUCUGGGUGGUGCCAGACAAUAAGCAAAUCAAUAGUUUCCAGGUGUUUGUGGAAGAAGUGCUAAAAAUAGCCAUGAGUGAUGGCUUCUGCAUAGAUUCCUCUCAUCCACAUACUUCAGAUUUCAUGAAUAAUAAGAUAAUUCGCCUAAUUCGGUACAAGUAGGAAUCAUUAUGGAGGUAACACACAGGUUAAGGGUUUACACUUACAGCCUGAUUCAGAAUCAUGCUAAUCUGGAUGAAGAGUCACUAACAAGGAGAUGAUUUUCCUUUAAUGUAUUUACCUGCCUGACCUUUCAGAAGAUUCUAGACAGAAGGAAUUGUCUAGCGCCUGAAUUAAAGACUGGUUCUGUUCCUGCCUCCUCCUCCUCUGGCUGGCUCUGCAGCUGUUGGAAAAAUCACUUAACUGCUUUCCAGUUGGAAAAUGGGAGUGAUCCUUAAUUGCAAGGGGAUGUGAGGGUUCAGUGAUCAAGGUUUUACCCAGAGAACAGACAUGGUGAAAGAUGCCAUGGUGCUGCAGUGCAGCAGAGAGCACUGGGGACACAUUUUCCACGUCUUGCCAUGUCACCUCUGCAGAGCAUCCAAGAAGCUUGGUUAGAUGUGCAGAGAGGAAGCCUCCCCAGAUGCACACACUCAAGACAACUGUAAAGGAUGGUGCAAGCUGCAAAUGAGAAAGGGAUCCUGUCUCUUUAGGCUCAGUGAAGGAUUUCUGUCACUGUCUGAAGCUGGCUUGGGGUUUUUUGUCUGAACCCUGUGAAGAACUCCCACUUAACUGUUUUCAAGGAAGCUGUGUUUGAACGAUGUGACUGGGCUGGGGAAUAACCAAGGAAGCCAUAGCAGAGAGAACAGUGUUCUUACAGACUGAGAAGAUUGUGACUGGUGGGGGAACUUUGAGUUGGAUGCUCUUAAACCUUUACUUCUACAUUCCAAAGGCAUCCAAGACAACUACUCCUCUUCUUUCUUUUACAAUGUUGUAUUUGUCCAGAGGAUGCUGCUGAAGCUUUCUGAGUUGGAAACAGAUUUGGUGGCAUAGGCACUCAGAUAUCUUUUGUGAGCCUCUUCUGCCUGGACAUGGCAUGUUUCCCAGUCAGCAGUGCUUGGAGUGCACGGGAUGCUCUCUGAGUAGGAUGGAUUCCACCUGAAAAGAUGAUACACCCAUCAGGUUAUACCUGGAUUUUUAAUCCAAACUCAGAGGCUCACAUUUCCUAUCCCUGUAUAUUAAGCCAUUUUUAUGUCAUUGUGAAAUGUCACUAAGGUAGCACUUUACCAUUUGCUUGGCUUCAGUAUCAGAUUGUUGGUAGUAAGGCAGGGGGGAAAAAGAGGUGAUGGCAAUGGUCAAGCUCUUUCCUGCACGCCCAGUCUGCACUAUGAUGACCACAGUCCACUAGCUGCAUGUUAGCUCUAAGCAUCAUUUGUGCCACUUGGGAGGUGGUUCCUUCUCAACUAACCCUCUUUAAAAGUAUCUCAGCUGUCUUUCCCUAACCAGACUGCUACGUGUGCAUGAGAGACCUGCUGAAACAGUUCCCAUUCUCUCCAGUGGGAGACACAGGAAAAUGCAAUAACCAAGUUAAGCAUUUAGCAUUUUAUGCUUCCAAAAGUUCUUGGCUGCAGGGCUGCAAAGCUCAGUAGUGCUCAUGUUCUUGUUUCCUCAACUAAGGAGUCUGUCAUUACAUUCAGCUGACUUGUGAACAAGCAUAAAGAAGGGGUUUGCUACUGCUGUGGAAAUCAGUAAGAUCAAUACAGUUCCACUGCUACUGUUGUGGAAAUCAGUGAGAUCAAUAUAGGUCCACUGCUAGUGAUGUGGAAAUCAGUGAGAUCAAUACAGUUCCACUGCUACUGAUGUGGAAAUCAGUGAGAUCAAUAUAGGUCCACUGCUACUGAUGUGGAAAUCAGUGAGAUCAAUACAGUUCCACUGCUACUGAUGUGGAAAUCAGUGAGAUCAAUAUAGGUCCACUGCUACUGAUGUGGAAAUCAGUGAGAUCAAUAUAGUUCCACUGUCCUAAGCUGUAACUGCAUGAACACCACAAAUCAGCAUGCUAAGGGCAGAUGUACCUAUUCUGCAGCCAUUGCCCGCAGCCCCUGUCUGACUUGCUGCUAAACCAGCACAAUGUACCUGGGACUGUACUGUUAGGAAGCACUGGCUAGGCUGGAAGCCCUCAGAACCAUUAAACCUAGCAAGUGUUGUGAAUUCUCAGGCUUGUUCAUAGGAUUUUGUGGCCAAAUUCCAGCUUGAGUCACCACAUUCUUCUAGUUGUAAUUGCUUUUGGAAGAACUCUUUUUUUGCUCCCAUCCCUGAGUUGAAUUGUAAAGCAUGAGUAAUCUGUUACUGACAAAGCAAAGCAACUCCUGUGUGAAUCUUGCUUCUGACAUGAGUUUGCCAGGCAGCUGAAUAUUCACUGUGUCAGCUGGUCAUGAUUUACACAGGUGACAUGAUUAGGAUCUGUAAAAUACCACACAUGAACCCUGUCUGUGCCGUCUGUACCAUACAUGAACAAGUCUGUGCCUUGAAAGAGGUAUGCCACUGCUGAAUUGAUGAUAUCAGAACUUUUGGGUACCAUCAACACUAUUUCUUUUUAGUCCAAACCUCUUAGAGUAGAAUUUAAGUGGUCUGAAAGAGGAGUUGUUUGUGUCAGGACUAAAAUAAUACUUACUUGUAUUAAUUUA